GUUUGGUUGAUAUUGCUCUAUACCUGUUAUAACUUUUUAUAUUUUCAGAGACGUACAUAUGUUCAAUGUUUAUCUAAAACAGUAAUCUAAAAGAGGUCAGGAUGCCUAAAAGCGUGAGUAGAGAUGAUCCAGAUUACGAGGAGAAGAGGAGAAGAAACAAUGAGGCAAUUAGGAAAUCUCGUGAUAAGAAGAAAAAGCAGCAACAAGAGACUGAGAGCCAGGUGGAGGCCUUGAAGAACGAGAACAGUAGGAUAGAGGUUGAGAUAAAGAACAUGGAAAAACAGCUGGAAUUGCUUACAGGCAUUUUUAAAGCACACUCCGGCAGAAACUCAACUUCCAACCCUUCAAGUUCAAUGCAACCAACAAAUGAACAGCCAGGGGAUAGUUCUCAGUUCUACGCCGACAGCGGAGCAAUAUUAAACACCGCUGGCGGUUUACUUGGCUCAGAAAUCGGUCAGAGCAGCGGAGAUCCAUCGGAUCAUUUUCCUAGUGCAGAUUUUACAUACAAUACAUAACUUUUUAUUAAUUUUUUUGUAAAAUUCAUUUUUAUAUUUUGAUCCUGACUUGAAAAUACUCUUUGAUAUGAGUAAUACCUUGAUUUGAUAUUUUUCUAUGAUUUAAUAAAAUUUUCUUUUUGAAUAAUGUUUUUGAAUUGCA